AUGGUCCGGAUCAAACACCGCUAUCUCCUCUUCAACAUCCUCUAUCCGUCUCCCUCCGCACCCGCGCCCUCGACUUCCUCAGCUACCUCAGCAGCACCACCACCAUUGGCAUCAAGUCUCACCGUGAAAGACGCGGCUACACCACCACCGCCGCCAUAUAUCCUCUUCCUGCGCCCGUCGCCGAACCACCUCACGCCGGCAUUGCUUGUAACGCAUCUGCGCAGCCAGAUCCAGACGCUGUUCGGCGACCACGGCGUCUCCGUGACGCAGUCGUCGCUGCGGCUCGUGUACUUCUCACCCGCGACCUCGACGGGGAUCCUGCGCGUGCCGCGCGCCCACUUCCGUCUCGUCUGGGCUAGUCUCACCUUUCUAACGAGCGUCCCCGCACCUUCCUCGCUUCCUGCACCUCAUCCUUCUCCCGCCGGAGGGCCACGCGCAGGAGGGAAACGAGGAAGAGGAGGAACAGGCGACGCAGCAGCAACAGCAGUAUGGGGGCGUCAGGAGGUGGCUUGUGUGGUGCGAGUGGUCAGGGUGAGUGGGACCAUCAAGAAGAGUGAAGAGGAGCUUCUGAGGAGGGCGAGGAGGGAGGUUGUCAGAGCGAAGCUGCAGGGUCGAAGUGUAGGUGACCAGGAAGACGACGCGGUUCUGAAGGGUCUGUUUGCUGGUGAGAACGGGAAGACGGCCGCGAAGGGGAAAGGGAAGGCAGAUGGCCUGGGGCUGAUGGGCGAAGAAAGCAUUCUAGAUCUGGACGAGGAGGAUGAAGAAGACUUCGAAAAUGAUUCUGGUUGA